UUUCUUCUGCGAUUGACAAUUCACUCGAGCUCGACGACCCAAACCAGUCGGUUGUGGUAUAAAUUUAGAUAGAAAUAUGACUUUGCGCUGAAUAAAAAUAUACUUUUAUUCAUCGGAAGAUUCAAGAUGAUCUAACGCUUUAGUUCUGACCUAGUUAUUCAGGAGAGAGCAUUCAGGAUUCCUAAAAUACUCAUCACUAAAUCGUCUUGUGCAAACGCCCGGUGAACAGGGAAGGGCCUGAGCGGGAAUUGUCUGACUUGUACGCCAAAAGGUCCGGCUUGUGCCGACAGCUACAGUCGUCUCGCUGAAACCAUGUCGCAGAAAAUGACAGGUCGCAAAGUGAAGGGUUUUCCGUGUUUGACGAACACUCGGAAAGUGGUUCGACCAUCUUUCAAUGUCACUCAAAGGCUUCGUAUGCGUGAGCUAAGAGGAUGUUUGCAACCCACCAGACAGACCUACCCAGUAUGCCGGUCUCUCUUCGGAAAGAUCCCCGGCCGUCUUGGUAUACCCCUCAAAGCCAUCAUCGAUGAUCGCUAUCUUACUGAGGAAGGACAUGUCUUCUUGGGGUUCAGCAAGGAUGGCAACUUUGUCCUCUCUUACACACUCAAUGUAGACACAGACGAACACACAGCCUUCCCUGUCUACAUCUAUCAACUCCACUGGUGGAGAUUCAACCAUUACCAAACUAUGGAAAAGGUUUCUGAGGUUGGGCUGUUUGGAGAGGAAGAAAUCCAACAAGAUCUCUACAUAGCUAUAUGUAGUUGGCCCAGUGACAGUACUAAAGUCAUGGUGUAUGGGUGUUCCACCUCGACCAAACCUCUGUUAGACGAGGAGAAGCUGCUAUGUUAUGUGACCAUCACGGCAGUGCCAUCCAUGGAACCUUGUCCGCACUGUCUCCACCUCAAGUACACAUCAGACAUGGCAACUGGUUUCUCUUCAGGUUUCAACCCAGGUUGGUUGCCUCCAGAAUUCCAGGAGGAACUUCCUACUCCAGCAGCACCGACAUGCUUGAAGCAUGGCUUCGCGGUCCACACCAAAUAUGAACUUGCCCCACCCUUUCCGUCCUUCUCCCCAAAACACAGCCUUUCCAAGGACGGAGUCACAGUACUCAAUACAGGUUAUUCCAUCAUAGCCCUUGCUGUCGGCCUUGGCAAAGGAUCACCUUGCAGCAGCCUGUACUCUCCAGGAAACAGUUCAGCAAGAUCCUUUGCAACGCGGGCAUCGGAUGUGGGCUCGAUACGUGGUGGAGGAAGUCGCUGUAGAGACUGGUUACACUCUUCCUCCACCAACUCUCAGGGAUUUGCUCCAGGGGACGAGCGCAACAGCUCGGACCGGAGACACGACAUCAGUACAGUGCCUAUUUAUUCACAGUCUUCCACUGCCAUCACAGACUUCUGCAACUUCGGCCUAGAUGACGAGAGCUCGGACUCAGAGGACCUCCUCCUGGGCAUACGUCUUGCGAGUGGUCUUCAAGCUCCUAGGAGCAGUUCCCCUUCGGUUAUCAGCUCAAGAGAUUUCCUUGACAUCCUUGAUGAAGAGGAAUUUGAAGGAGCAGACCUCUGCGAAUUUGCAAAACAAACCAAAGUACUUCAGGGACAUUCAGGAAAAAGUCUAUUCAGUCCAUCCCCUCAGGAACUUACGACAAAAACAGUCGACCUGCCGACUACACAGGAGACAGACUGCGAGAGUACAUCAUCGGCUGAUGUGGACGUUACUGAUGGCAGCAGAUUACCAAAGAUCCCUGUGCCACACAAGGAAGGCACACAUUCCAAAGUUUCAGACUCUUCUAGCGUACGCUUAUCCUUGACACCUAAUGCAUCAAACAGAACUCUUUUGGCUUCACCUGAGCAUGAAGCAUCAACUUCAUCUGAGAAGCUUGUCUCACCAAGUGACCAUAGUAAAACUGUGCAAUCCAAGUGUGCUCCAAAUCCUUCAGAAAUAUGCAUCACCUUAACCUCAUCUUCUACAAAUGCAAUACCCAAGAUUGGCAACCCUCAUCCUCUGCAGGGCAGUCCUAGGCAUGUCCCUCACUCAUACGGAUUGGACCCAGAAUCCAGGUAUCAUCACCAGAUGGCAGAGAGCAGCUCCAAGCACAUGGCUGGUCUGUAUGAUGCACAUCUAGGCUGCCAUGGUCUCUCACCUCGGAGUCUAGAAAGUGAUGACUUCAGCCCGCCUACCAGCAAUUGCCCCACUCCUAGUCGAUGGAGUCAAACUCCAUUAAGUCGGCACAGUCGGCUCCCUGGUGACAACUGGAGCACCUGCAGCUCCAUCUCCUUCCAUCGUCUCAACGAUGUCAACGACAAGGACGACAUCGGCAGCGAGAUCGACCACACCUGCCCGUACCAUCAUGGGAUCUUUGACUACCACUCCCAGGGCAGCGGCCGCAGCACCAUCAGAGAAUGCACCUGCAAGCUCCAAAGGUUCACCUAUUCCGUCCGCCGCUACAUGGAGAGGUUGUUCCCGAUCGAGGAACCUAUUGAAAGUGAUAGUUUUGAUUAUCACAGUAUGCUACCUUUGACUGUAGUUGGGUCCAACAAUAUGAGAAUGUUACCAGCCAAUCGGAACCUUCCACAAGAGGGUCCAUUUGUGGAGGUAAAGCAGCUGACGAUGGAUGCUGAGCAUUACAUGUGUGAAGCUAUCCGAACAGUGGCCCCUUGGGGUCGACGCUACAUUGCUUUCACAGACUAUGAUAUGCAAGUACUAGAUGUGUGUGCUGAUUCCUGCAAUGUUGUAGUGAUGAUCAAGUGCCUUGUGCGUGCCUGGCCGGAGCCCAAGAAGCCCAAAGAUGUCUUCGAGUUUGAAGAUGACCCCGCAAAUGACACUCCACAGAUGUACCAGACUGGAUUCAAGUUUGCAUGGAACCUCAAAACAGGUCAGUACCAGACAUUUGAGGUGGAAUCCCUGCAGGAGUUUGACCAGGCCCAGCUGUGCAAGGUCUGGAAUCCUGGAAGAGCUCUAUGUCAAAGGAUACAGAGGAGAUGGGCCAUACCUCAAGCCCACACCAAGGGGGUACAUGUACUUACCAAUGAGGCAGUCUUCAAGAAUCGUUCACUGACCAAGCUUUUAGAUCCUCUCCAUUAUGUUGCUAUUGUCCUGACGUGAAGUCCUGGAGGCAUGCUUCAGAACUGUCUUAUGAAUGAUUAUCAUCUGAAUCUCUAUUGGAAAGUCCUCAGGACAGCACUGAAGGAAUCUAAAGUUUGGGAUGAGAGAUUCCUUCAGAUGACUGGCACAGGAUGUUCGGAAGACCUUUCAACUGUCAUCAGAGAUCAGGUUUUUCUUGAGGAGAAUGCCUUUGGGUUAGCAUUGAAGAAAUCUACAGAGGUUGGUAAGAAUUUCUUCAGACCCUUCAAGAUUUGUUCAGAAGGAUCGUCAAGUAACUUGAGGAGGUAUUUUUUAAGAGUAUCUUCACAAUAUUCUGUAAGAAGGGCUUGCAGCAUAUAUCAAUGUUUUUUAAGAAUAUCCUCAGACUCUACAAUAUUGCAUUCAAAACGAUCAUCAAGAAAGUCAUAGAGAUGUUCUUCAAGACCAUCUUCACUAUAUUCUGUAUAAGAGCCUGUAGGAUUUUUAAGGUUGUCUUUAGAACUAUAUGAAGAUUUGCUUUUGUGGCCCUCCCAAUGCAUCUUCAAAGAUAUUAAAGUAAAUCAUCUGAUUCUCUUGUAACAUCUGCAGGGUAUUUCUUGAAGGCUCCUUGAGCAGCCUUCUUUUAUCAGAAUGUCAAUUUUGAGGAGAGUCUAGAUAGUAGUCUGAUUGAAAGUCUUGCACGGAAUCAAGUUAUUAAACUGAACAGACCUGCCCAUUGCAUUUAAACGAAUCAGGGAUUCCAGGGGAGCAUCUCAUGAAACAAAUAAUCAUCGAUUUUCAUUGACACCCGUUAUAAGCUACUGAAAUCCUUGCAUCUGAUUGGCUCAGAGCAAAUUUAUCAGUGAAAAUCACUGACAAUAUGCAUCAUGAAACACUCCGCUGGUUUUAGGAUUUAGCUGAACCUGAUCCAGUCACCAAAACAGUUUAUUACAGCAAAUAUUUUAACAUUUUGACCCCUGAUGGGUAGGGUGCCAUCUCUUAACUGCUCCGCUUUUUACACUUGCUAGUGAUGUUACAAGAACAGAGCUUGAUCUGCUUAAUAGCCCAAGUGGAUAAUAGACAAACUGGGCAAAGUCGUAGUGGAGAUUAGACAAAGAGUUAUAAAUGGGCUUAAUGGCAGUUGGGCCAUGUGGAAUGAGACCAAAAAAAAUAAGUAUGGAGCAGGUAUACCAAUCGGCAAUUUACACAUAUAACAUUGUGUGUAAUAUCAAGGCCCCGUCUUAAAAAGAGUUACGAUUGAUCCAAUCAAUCAUCGUAACUCUAUGGAAAUCCAUCAUUGUCAUAAUUUUUUUCUCCAAG